UGUCCCGGAACUUGCUGCCGGACAAACUUUUCCCUAAGUUUCGAAAAAGUUUUCUCAAAGUGUCCGGAGUUGAAUAGACCCCCGUCCCUGACCCGGUGUUUGCUUGUCUGUUGUUAUUGGUCCCCGGCCCGUUCCUGUAUUUGAUCCACACCCCUCCCCACCCCUCUCACGGCGAGCUGUUCCACUGGGAGAGGCAUCGCAGGUUGCUGCUGGAAAGCGAGCCCCAGGAUCGGGAUCUGGGCAGAGACUCCCUCCCAUCCUAUAAAACCCAGGGAACUGAGGCUAAUUAACACCCCCCCACCCCUCCCGGGUGUGUACAGGGUGGGGAUUCAGCUCCCCCCUCCAGCCCCGACCCACCCAACAACAAAGUGCAAUGCGACCAUUCAGAAUGUGAAAGGAAUGACCCUGAGAGUAUCUGCCCCGGGGGAUCCGGGCCCAGCAUUGAUUACCCAUCCCUAAUUGCCCCCGUGAGCAGUUAAGAGUCAACCCCGUUGCUGUGGGGUCUGGAGUCACGUGUAGGCCCAGACCAGGUCAAGGAUGGAUGAAGGGAAGGUCCGCAGAAGGGGAACUGAGCAAGGGCCGAGGGAUGGAGGACGUGCCGAGCAGAGGCUGCGAGGGAGGGUAGAGGACAACGCGGAGGAUGAGAAGCCCACACCCAUGGCAGCAGCACUAGCUGAGGAUCGGCCGAGGGAGAAGGUGGCCCUGGUGGAACUGAAGGAAGAAUCGGGUUUGGAUAUCUGUGCUCAGGUGGUAGUGCCCUUCCUGCUUGCUGGGCAAGGCAUGGUACUGGCUGGCAUCGUGCUCAGUAUUGUUCAGCACUGGGCAGUAUUCCAGACUAUCACGGAGAUCUUCAUCCUAGUUCCAGCUCUGGUCGGUCUGAAAGGCAACUUGGAAAUGACCCUUGCCUCCAGGAUGUCGACAGCGGCUAAUACUGGAAAACUUGAUCAUCCCAGGGAGAGGUGGACAUUAGUGACAAGUAAUUUAGCUUUGAUUCAGGUCCAGGCCACGGUGGUUGGUUUCCUUGCUGCUGUAGCUGCAGUUAUUCUGGGAUCACUCUCCAGGGGUCACGUCGAUCUGAAUCAAGCAGCUGUCCUGUGUGCGAGUAGCACUAUCACUGCCUUCAUCGCUGCACUCUCCUUAGGUCUGGUGAUGAUUGUGGUGAUCCUGGGAUCGAGGAAGGUUGGGAUCAACCCGGAUAACGUAGCCACUCCGAUCGCAGCGAGUCUGGGUGACCUGAUCACCCUCUCGCUACUGGCUGCCAUCAGCAGUGUGCUCCUCGAUCACAUCCAUAUGGUGUACCUGGCACCCUCUCUGUGCGGACUCUUCAUUGGCCUGAUCCCCGUGUGGGUGCUGAUUGCCAGGAGGAACCCCCAGAUGGCGGAGGUGCUGAAAUCCGGCUGGCAGCCCGUCCUGGUCGCCAUGACGAUUAGCAGCAUUGGGGGAUUGAUCCUGGACAAGACUGUGUCGAAUCCCAACUUUGAGGGUAUGGCUGUUUUCACCCCUGUCAUUAACGGUGUUGGUGGGAACCUGGUGGCUAUUCAGGCAAGUCGCAUCUCGACCUACCUCCACCUGUGGAGUGUUCCAGGAGUGCUGCCGCGCAGAAUGUGGCAGAGUUGGCCCCAUCCAUGGACUACCUUUUUCCGCUCAGGGGUUAACUCCACCUCGGCCGUCGUGCUGCUGUUCCUGGUGAUUCCUGGCCAUCUGAUCUUCCUCUACACCAUCCACUUUGUACAGGGAGGACACGUGGCUGUAACCUACACCUUCACUGCAUUCUACCUCAUCGCUGCGCUACUGCAGGUCACCCUCCUGCUGUAUGCUGCUGACAUCAUUGUGCGCCUGACUUGGAGAAUGGGUCUGGAUCCUGACAACUUUAGUAUCCCUUACCUGACCGCUCUGGGUGACCUGCUGGGCACUGGUCUGCUCGCUGCCUGCUUCCUGCUCGAUUGGCACAUCGAAGGCAGGCCGUGACCUUUGAGACAACGCUGUGCUAGCCACCUCUCAGUCCCCUGGGAUCCUGACCUCAUGGAGUCAGUGAUACACGGAUGGUGUUGGAUCACAGAGUGAACCUGCUCUGGAUUCGAAAUGGGCGAAUGUUCAUAUUUCAGGCAAUCUCUGCUUCAAACCAAAACAGCCCAACAGGCCCUUCAGCCCAUUAGCAGCGUGCUGCUGUGCUUUCAUCACUCUCCUUCCCCACUCUCUGUCCAACACCACCUGCUGCUGCUCUCACUUCCUCCUGUGGGGGUCAAUGCCACAAUCUCAGAGAAUACCUCGUCCCCGAUUUCCCAGUAAGGUUUCGUUGAUAUCUCUGCUCUCCAGUUUCGAUCUCCUGUCUCUGUCACAAUCACAUCAUUGUCCUCCUGCCUGCCCGGUCAUCUCGGAUCACCCUCCAUCCUGCUCGUUUGGAACUGCUCUCGUUUCUCUUUGUUAAAAUACCACCUGGCAAUCUAAUCUCGGAUUGAUCCCUCAUCCCAAUUGCUUUCCAAACCCAUCCUCCUCCCUACGAACGGGAAGAUUUGCCUUUGUUAGUUUGUGAUUAGUGGAUCUCGAUUUCCUUGCCCUUGGUGUGACCCUCUGGCUGGGUCAGACUCUCAGUUAUCUCGGGAGUUGGUGACUUCCAGCUCCUUCGAACCAAAUGUCAGCACAUAGCAAUAAUCACGGGAAAUGCAUUCGCAAUUUCACACCCACAGCCAUGGAGUCAAAGGAAACUGCAGGAUGUGACAUUAAUCACCAACACUCUGAACCCGUACACCAGUGACUCUGUGUGUGUGUGUGUGUGUGACUGUACCCCAGAGACUGUGUGUGUGGGAUCCUGUACCCCAGUGAGUCUGUGUGUGAGACCAUACCCCAGUGAGGGUCAGUGUGUAUGUGGGACUCUACCCCAGUGAGUGAGUGUGUGUGUGAGAGAGAGAGACCAUACCCCAGAGAGAGUCAGUGUGUGUGGGACUGUACUCCAGUGAGUGAGUCUGUGUGUGUGUGUAUAUGUUGGCGGGGGGACUGUAUCCCAGAGAGAGUCAGUAUGUGUAUGGGACUGGACCCUAGUGAGUGUGUGUGUGGGACUGUACCCCAGUGAGUGAGUGAGUGUGUGUGUGUGUGUGUGUGUGUGUGACUGUACCCCAGUGAGGGUCAGUGUGUGCGUGUGUGUAUGAGACUGUACCCCAGAGUGCAGGCGGGACUGUAUCCCAGUAACAGAGCGUGUAUGGGACUGUACCCCAGUGAGAGUGUGUGGGACUGUACCCCAGUGAGAGAGUGUGUGUGAGUGAGAGUGUGUGUGUGUGUGUGUGUGUGUGAGAGACUGUACCCCAGUGUGAGUCAGUGUGUGUGUGUGAGAGACCAUACCCCAGAGAGAGUCAGUGUGUGUGGGACUGUACCCCAGUGAGUGAGUCUGUGUGUGUGUGUGUGUGUAGAUUGGGGGGGGACUGUAUCCCAGUGAGUGUCAGUGUGUGUAUGGGACUGGACCCUAGUGUGUGUGUGUGUGUGGGACUGUACCCCAGUGAAGGUCAGUGUGUGCGUGUGUGUAUGAGACUGUACCCCAGAGUGCAGGCGGGACUGUAUCCCAGUGACAGAGCUUGUAUGGGACUGUAACCCAGUGAGAGAGAGUGAGUGUGUGUGUGUGUGUGUGUGUGUGUGUGUGUGCACGCGCGUGAGAGAGUGUGGGACUGUACCCCAGUUUGAGUCAGUGUGUGGCUUACUGUAGUUAUUCCUGCACAGCUUGUAAAAUGGAAUAUUUACUAUAUUUUAGUCACAGAAUCAAAUAUUAAAUGGAGCUUUGUUCUAAU